UUCUGUACUAUGUUGGUAGUUUUGUACCCGGGCUGCAGCUCAUAUUCGAGGUUUGAGCUGAUGGCUGUCGGCUAAGACUUUAGUCUCAAAUAUUCGCAUUUUAUGCUUUGUUUUCAUUAUGCCGAGGAUUAAAGCAUCCCCAAAGAAAUGUGUGAAAACGUCAAAUCCUCAGCAGUCCUCAAACACAUGGGUAUUUCUACUGAAAGGUGAAGCUUUGGAAGUUCCUGAAGGGUUUGCUGGCACAGGUACUCCAGACAUUGUGCAGUUGAGGCAUCCACAAUCAGGAGCAACAGCUUUAUUCUUAUUUAGUCCAGGAGAUGGAAUGGUUCAAGAAGUUCUCACAUUUUCAGAAAACAGAAGAUCAUGGUUCAUCGAAGAGUCAGUCAAAUCAGAUGGAAAGAUGCACCUAUCAACACCAAUUGAUCCCAUCUUUCUUGCUCUUCCAUAUCUGAGAAAGACAAAUCAGGCAGUGCCUCUGGACCAAUUGCUGAAGGAUGAGGAAUUCCCAGAAACUGAGAGGUUACUUCGAUCCACAGGCCUCAAACACCUGAAUCAGGUUGCAGACAGAAAAGGAGAUGAAGACCUGAAUGCGUACAAGUACAACGAAGAGAAAACGCUGAGCUGGCUUCAGCGAAAGACAGAGAGGGUGGCAGAAGUGCUGAAACAGAAGGGCAUUCACGUGUCAGGUGGAGCUGUUUCAGCUACAUUUGUAAAGAGUGGAAAAUCAGAUCUUGCUGAUGCUGAGUCGUACCUUAGAUACGCACAUGGGAUUGUAUCAGAAUACCUGACAGAGGACCUAAGUAUCAAGCUCCUGAAGUACCUGGGCCUACCUGAAGAAAAGCCAUCAGAGAGCCAUGGAAAGCGCAAACUGUCAGUGGCACAGUAUGGUGGCAACAGCAAUACUGGCACACCACCUUGUGCACAGCCAGGAGAGCUCUUCAAAAGGGCCAAGCAGGAAGACUUGGCCAAUGGAGGAGUUCUAGAUCUCACCAAGCCAGAGAAGGCUGUCAAACCUAGCAUCACAGCGAAAGACAAGGCGCGUGCUAAAUCAGCAUCUGGGUCAAAAAACAUCUCCACCUUCUUCAAAAAGAAAUAAAAAGAAACAUGUAGGGGAUUAUAAUAAAAUAUCAUCUUAUUUGUGUUCCUAUGUUUGAAAUUGUGUUACUUAUAUGGGGAGAGCUUCCUCAUUAAAAAAAAGUAAGAUGAACUGAAGAAAUGAUAAAAGAUCUUUUAAUUUGAUAAUGAGCCAGUUGAACAAGGAACCAUCAACAUAUUUACCUGUAAUGCCGUGUGCAGGUAGAGCUUUGUUCCAUCACGCUGCUGACAGUCAAGACAGAACAGGUGAGGGGAAAGAAAUUAAUCUAAAAAUAUUAACACAGGAUAAAAAUUGCAAGCAAUAGUGUAAUUAAAUUGUUAAAUGUUUUCUUAGCAGCCAGUUCAGAAGGAAAGUUUACCAGUAUAUGUAUGUGCUUUAUUUCUCAACAGGAUUUUUUUUAAUAAUAAGGGAAAGAGCAGCUCUAAAAAUUCCAUAAAGGGUUGAUCACAAUUUUAGAAGUUCUCGUUGAGAAGGAUGUUUAUUGUUGUUCUUGUAUAUGCUAGGUAACCCUCACCCACUCCAUUUCAUCAACA